UACUAAGCUCAGUUAGUGAGGGAGUCGUGACAGUAUCGGACAUGUGGUUGUUUAGUUGUGUUUGUUACUAACUAGAAUCAACGUUAUUUAGUGUUCCUGUUCAGUAGAAACCAGUUUGCUCGUCUUAGGCGAAGCUCUUUGACCGAUGAACGGUAUAAUUAAACGUCAAAGUUAAAUACAAAACAUGGGUGUCUGCAAAGCUUCAUUUCGCUCUGAAAUUCAGCCAAGCACCGUAGAAGUCAUUGUCUUUUCGGGGAAAGAGAACCGGUAGCCCCAGGGCAACGUGAAAGGUAUGGAAAGGUGGACCAGACGGUGUUUUAGGCCCGGUUCUAGGGGCUGUAGCUGUAUAUUUUUGGGCUUGUGCGUACUAUUUCUAUUACACUCGUGUCUGUAUCCAGCAUAUGCUUAUGUAGUCAGAGUCGAUACAAAAACCAACCUUCCUGGGUCUUUAAUUUUUAAUGCCAGCCUGGGACCAGGGAGAAUCUAUAACCUCGAUCUCAGACGCACGGCCAAAUAUGUAGGGAACCUUGUCCAGCUCAGUCAACAGGAAGGCACGUUGCACCUGCGGCGAACGUUAAAAUGUAGGGGCUCAGUACUGGAGCAACUGGCACCCAACCCUUUUGUAUUGUUUGUGGAGUCUAGGAGUUUUCGACUGAGCGGGUCAGAGACAGAGGCUAUCAGCCUUCCCCUGGUGGUGUAUUUCAAUCAUUCUACGUGCCAUAAGCCUCUUCAACCACCUGCUGAAAGCAAGGUUACCAUCGUAACUCUAGCAACUGAAAGAGGACACAGAGACUUUUUACAUAAUAAUUCAAACAAAGUGGAUGGAGUGUGUUUCGGUCACAGUCAGCAGAUAACUAACAUCGGGUUAUUUCUCCCAGUUCAGCUAAGAACUUGCUCUAUUAAAUUUUUUGCUCCUGAUGACCAAAGGUAUGCAGUUGAGAGCCGUGGUCAAGAUUUAGUUGCUAGGGUCCAAUUCUGUGAGCAUUCUUCUGUAUGGCUCGUGACUGUUCCAUUCGCUUUGAAGUGUGCUUCGUUAGACAGUUCUAAUACACAAAUACUUGAGCUUUACUUUCACAGAAUUGGAGCUCUAGCACUUAGUACGGACGUUUCUAGUAAAAGGAAUAAGUACAGAGGACGUCGAGAUACUAGAAACUUUCCACCUUACUUUGAUAAGUCCUUAAUAGUAGUGUUUGUGCCAGAAGAAAAAGAAAAAGGCUAUGUAGUUACGACUGUGAGUGCUAAAGACCCGGAUGAUCUGACAUAUUCGUUACAUGCAGUGUUGGACGCUCGUAGUCAGACCAUGUUCAACAUUGAUCACGUAUCUGGGGUAGUGACAACAACUGUCAGUCUAGAUAGGGAGUUUAUGGAUGUCCAUUAUUUGCGAGUGACUGCAACCGACAAUGGUUCUCCUCCUCGUAGUGGGACCACUACACUGCAGGUCAAUGUUGGUGAUGUCAAUGACCAUACUCCAGCCUUUGAAAGAGCCACCUAUGAAACAUCCAUUAAGGAAAGUGUCUCUAUCGGGUCUACAGUUUUGACAGUCAGAGCGACUGAUCAAGACACUGGUUCUAAUGCUGAGCUUGAGUAUAGCAUUCUUAAUCCCAGUGGAGUCAACGAUGCGUUUCGCAUCAAUCCACAGACGGGAAUCAUCACUACUAGAUUAGCUCUAGAUAGAGAAACCACAUCUUUCUAUUCUCUGCUAGUGCAAGCUACAGACAUGGGCUCAGUGACCGAACGCAGGUCAGCAACAGCUACUGUGGAGAUCUCACUUUUGGACGAUAAUGAUAAUUAUCCUCAGUUCACCGAACGAGCAUACACUGUAGAGGUACCUGAAGAUAUUAACUGGUUAAACAAUCCAGUAGUAGCCCGUAUAAGAGCCGAUGACUUUGAUGAUGGUAUCAAUGCAGCCAUUAGAUAUAGUGUCAUUGGAGGGAACACUCAGGGACAUUUUAUGAUGGAUAGUCUUAGUGGUGAUAUAUCAGUGGUGUCACCUCUGGAUUAUGAAUCUGCACGAAGCUACCGCUUAGUGAUACGAGCUCAAGAUGGCGGUUCUCCUGCUCGCUCGAAUACCACUCAGCUUCUGGUAAAUGUCAUGGACGUUAAUGACAAUGACCCCAAGUUUUACACUUCACUCUUUCAGGAAUCAGUGAUAGAGAAUGUUGACAUUGGUCACAGUAUUGUCAGGGUGCAAGCGUAUGAUGCAGAUGAUGGUGUAAAUUCUGAUAUUAUAUACAGUAUUAAGACUAAGUAUGAUGAUAUGCCCAUUGGUAUCGACAAUAAAACAGGUUGGAUUCUUACAACAAAAGAGAUAGAUAGAGAACAAGAGUCCAACUAUGACUUUACUGUUGUUGCUAAAGAUCAUGGAAAUCCACCACGAUCAGCCUCUGCAAGUGUGAUAAUCCGAAUACAGGAUAUUAAUGACAAUGAUCCAGUGUUUGAGCCAAAGAUCUAUGAAGCUAGAGUGUCUGAGGUGGAUCCUCCUGGAACCCCUGUUAUCAGUGUUACUGCUACAGACCGAGAUGAAAAUCCCAGAUUGAUCUACCAGAUUACCAAUGGAAACACUAGGGAUCGAUUCAGUAUUAUCAGCCAGAACAGACAAGGUCUCAUAUCUAUUGCUCAGCCUUUGGAUUAUAAAAUUGAAAAACGCUUUGUGCUCACUGUUACAGCAACAGAUUCAGGUGGAAGAUUUGACACGGCAACUAUUUAUAUCAACAUCACUGAUGCCAACACUCACAGGCCAGUUUUUCAACGUACGCCAUAUUCAGCAAGUGUUUCUGAAGAUGAACCAAUAGGAACAACGGUUCUAGUAGUUGAAGCAUCUGAUGGAGAUGUUGGAGAGAAUGCACGGAUCACUUACAGUAUGGACAAUGUUCCACAGUUUCGCGUGGACCCAAACACUGGCGCCAUCAUUACUACUCAACGCUUAGACAGGGAAUUAGCUCCUGGUUAUACAGUAAUUAUAACUGCCCAAGACAAUGGAAGUCCUCCUCUUGCUGACAUCACUAAUGUGGAGAUAGAGGUUGCAGAUGUCAAUGACAACGCCCCCCAGUUUGACCCUGUUAGUUAUACCAGCUCAGUAAGCGAGGACGCCCUGGCCGGGAGUCGAGUUCUACAACUGCAUGCCACAGAUAAAGAUUUGGGGCUUAAUGGUCAGAUUAGAUACACUUUCCACAACGGCAAGGAUGGUGAUGGAGCUUUCAGUGUUGAUCCCACUUCGGGAAUAAUCCGAACAACUCGACUGUUGGAUCGGGAAUCUGUUCCACACUAUCAAUUGGUAGCUUAUGCUGUUGAUCGAGGGUCUCCUGCCAUGUCCACUUCUGUGUCCAUCACUAUCUAUGUAGAGGACAUCAAUGAUAAUCCUCCUCGUUUUGAGGCAGACAAAAUUAAAUUGUAUGUUCCAGAGAACAGUCCAGUAGAUUGGAUUGUUGGGGAGAUCAAGGCCACUGACCCAGAUGAAGGACCAAAUGCCCAGAUUCAGUACAGUAUUGUGGGUGGUCCAGAUGCAGACUCUUUUUUUCUGGUGACCCGACCAGGACAACCAGCGGAGCUAACCACCAGAGUUGAGCUGGAUUAUGAAUCAACUAAGAAAAAAUAUGAUGUCAUUGUACGUGCGUCUUCUGCACCUCUUCAAAAUGAUGUGGACGUAGAAAUCUGGGUGACCGAUGUCAAUGACAAUGCUCCUAUUCUUAAGGAUUUCUCUAUCAUUUUCAACAAUUACAAAAACUACUUUCCCGUUGGACCUAUAGGCAAGGUUCCGGCUUUCGAUGCAGACGUCACAGAUGUGCUGAGGUUCAGAUUUGUUUCUGGAAAUAAUGCCAACUUGUUGAUUCUAAACGAAACCUCAGGAGAGGUGAAACUCAGCCCCAGCUUGAACACCAACGUUCCUAUUCACGCUGUGAUGGAAGUCAGUGUCUUUGAUGGGAUCAACGAGGUUUUGGCGGAAUGCCAACUCAUUGUACGCCUGGUGACAGAGUCCAUGUUGUUCAACAGCGCCACUGUGCGGUUAAAUGACAUGACCCAAACUGAAUUCUUGUCACCGCUGUUUGAUUAUUUCAUCGAAGGCCUCGCUGCUAUCAUACCAGCUCCUAAAGAGAACAUAUUCAUUUUCAACGUACAGGAUGACACUGAUGUCCAUGCCAAGAUAUUGAAUGUUAGCUUCUCUGCUCGUCGACCGGAUGUUCGUAAUCCUAAUGGCUUCUACAGUCCACAGUAUCUCCAGGAACGUGUUUAUCUGAACCGUGCUAUACUUGCUAAGCUAGCAAAUGUAGAGGUACUCCCGUUUGACGACAACCUAUGCGUCAGGGAACCGUGCGUGAAUUUUGAAGAGUGUCUGUCUGUGCUGAAGUUCGGAAAUGCCUCCGGCUUUAUUACUUCUGACAGUUUACUUUUCAGGCCGAUCUACCCCGUCAACACCUUCGCUUGCCGCUGUCCGGAAGGAUUUACAGGAAUGAACUACAAGUAUGAGUGUGACACUGAGGUCAACUUAUGCUACUCCAGCCCGUGUGGGAAAAACGGCAGGUGUAUUCGCAGAGAAGGAGGCUAUACUUGCGUCUGUCAGGAGGGUUUCACUGGUAGAAACUGUGAACUAAACCUAUUAGAGGACCGCUGUUCGGUUCCCGGUGUGUGUCGAGGUGGAUCGCAGUGUGCAAAUUUGAUAGAUGGGGGUUUCAUUUGUGAAAAUUGCACGCACUCCUCAUGGAGCACAAGACUGUGUGAACUAAGAGCUCGGAGUUUUUCACGUGGAUCAUUUCUUACCUUUCCUGCUCUUCGUCAGCGCCACAGGCUGAACGUUAAGCUCAGUUUUGCCACUCGUGAGAAAAACGCUUUGCUGCUUUACAACGGACGCUAUAACGAUAAACAUGAUUUUAUUGCCCUUGAAAUUAUCGACUCACAAGUGGUUUUCACUUUUUGUCUGGGAAUUAAUAUUUCACGAGUGUCAGCUGUGGUGUCAGGGGGCGUUAGCGAUGGCAAAUGGCAUAAGGUGGAAGUUGCGUAUUUGAAUAGAACUGUUUCUCUUACUGUGGAUGAUUGUGACACUGCUUUGGCCAUCAAGUCUGGAAUAGAACUAGGAAACUAUGCGUGUGCUAAUAAAACUACUCAAAUUCUAGAAUCCAGAUGCUCAGAUUUGAUGCAAACAUGCUACAGGUUUCUGGACUUGAUGGGACCACUUCAGAUAGGUGGGCUUCCUGCUCUUCCUACAGACUUCCAGGUGAUAAACAAAAAUUUUGUUGGCUGUAUAAUGGAUUUGUUUAUAGACAAUCAGUUGCUAGACUUGAACAGCUAUGUGGCAGACAAUGGGACUGUGCCUGGUUGUUCCCAGAAGAAAGGAUUUUGUCAAUCUCAACCAUGUCAGAAUAGCGGAACUUGUGAAGAAGGAUGGGGUUCGUUUAUUUGUCACUGUGCUGUGGGGUUUGGAGGUCAAGACUGUAGUAAAGUUCUUAGUGGAGUGCUGAAUAAUAAUUGUGAGGAUAUAAGCUUGUAUACCACAUAUACUUCUAAAGAAAAAUCAAAGAGAAUCUGGGUACUAAAACUAUCACAAAAGCUGUGUAGCCAUAACCAUGCCUUGGUUGUUGAUGGGAUCGUUCAGUACACGUUUAACAAGCAUGUCAUUGUGGUGUCUGGUGUUACUGUAAGUGAUGGAAAGUGGCAUAAUAUUGAAGCAAAAUGGAUGGCCAAUGGUGUAUGGUUGAGCCUUGAUUAUGGACAAUUUGAGAAUACAGAAGAGAUAGAUAUUAAUAUCCGGGGGUUGUAUGUGGGCAAAGUCUCUAUUGGUGGCUUAGAGUCAACAGAAGAGGACAAGACAGUAGAAUAUUUUGAUGGUUGUAUCCAAGAUGUGGUCGUUGGUAAUAGCCAUAGUGCUUGGCUUCGUCCAACUAUAGCAAAUAACGUUAAAGAAGGAUGCCAUGUGACAAACCCCUGCCACUCCAGUCCUUGUCCAGAACACAGUACUUGUGUGGACAUGUGGGAAAAUUACAGAUGUGAAUGUGACCAAGGUUAUGUUGGUGAAAUGUGCCUGCCAGUUUGUGACCUGAAUCCUUGCAGUGGAAAUGCUAAAUGUGAGUCUCUGGUGUCAUCUGGUCCUGGUGCUCCAUCAGGUCGAGGCUACAGAUGUGAAUGUGACUCUCUUCAUUCUGGAGAAUACUGUGAGCAGUCAGUGGACCAACCAUGCCCAUCCAACUGGUGGGGCUAUCCAAUCUGUGGCCCCUGCAACUGUGAUACAAGCAAAGGCUAUGAUGCCAACUGUAACAAAACUACUGGGGCAUGUAGCUGUGAGGAAAACCAUUACCAGUUGCCCGAUAAUGAUGUCUGUUUUGACUGUGACUGCUAUCCUAUUGGCUCCUAUAGUAACCGCUGUGAUCCAAUCACUGGCCAGUGUCACUGUAGACCUGGAGUCAUUGGUCGACGAUGUGAUUCAUGUUCAAAUCCUUUUGCUGAAGUAAAACUUCUAGGAUGUGAAGUGAUUUAUGAUGGCUGUUCAAAAUCAUUUAGUGAAGAUAUUUGGUGGGAUGGAGCUUUAUUUGGGGAAGAGACGGUUCAAUCAUGUCCAGAAGGUUCAGUAGGUAAAGCCUCGAGGUUUUGUAGUGAAGACACUGGAUGGGAGAAGCCAGAUUUAUUUAAAUGUACAUCUAUUGCUUUUCUGGAACUUGCCGAACAGUUGAAGGUAAUUGAACGAGAUAACCUGCCUCUGAGCACAUACCUAUCUGUUAAACUUUCUUCUGACAUGUAUGCUGCCACCAACUCAUUGGAAACUCUUCAUGGAAGUGAUAUCCUCAUCAUAGCACGUCUCUUGUACCAUGUGUUGUCCUAUGAAAACCAGCAGGCAGGAUUAAACCUGACCCAUCGACAAGAUAGGGAUUUUAUUGCUUACCUGGUGGAGGCCACAAGCAGGACUCUUGAACCAAAAUACCUGGAACAUUGGAAGAGAAUAGCUUCGUUAACAGGUCAUGGUCCGGAACACAUACUAAUGAUAUUUGAGAAGUAUGGAAAUACACUUGCUCGCAACCAGAAAGAUACCUUUACUGAGCCAUUUGAGAUUGUUGCCAAAAAUAUGGUUUUUGGUUUAGAUACUGUGUCCACGUCUGAGCUAUGGGGCUAUCCAGCUACAACUGAUGAUGUGACAAACUCGACUGUUGCCUUGGACUCUAUUCAGCCAUCAAUCUUUCUUGACUUUAGUCUUCCAUCUUCUGCUGGACCUGCUGUUGUCAUCCCGAAAUAUAACAACUUUCCAAUCCGUAAAGAAUAUACUGAUGAUAUAAGUAAAGCAAUUGUGCCUCUGGAAACAAUUGGAGUCAAAGAACUAGAGGGUGUGGUUGCUAAACGGCAAAAACAUCCUCUCAGUUUCCCAAAAGCUUCAGCAGUUACAAUUUAUGCCAUCUAUCCAACAAUUGGGCAACUUCUUCCCUCGGCAUAUGACAAUUCUGUCAGACAGCGUUUUGGGAUUUCUCUGUCUGUGAACUCUCCUGUCUUCACACUGUCUGUGCUUCCAGUGAACAAAAGCACCCUUUUGGGACUGAACAUUGAUCCUGAGAUUCGGCUCAGGUUCCGAGUACUAAACUCUGAAGGCUACACCAGUCCACAGUGUGCAUUCUGGGAUUUUAGUGCUGGAGGACAAGGCCAUUGGUCAACUAAAGGUUGUCGGUUACAAAAUGAAGACUCACUCACCUGGCAGUCCAAGCAACCAUAUGUCAACUGUUCCUGUAAUCAUCUUACAUCAUUUGGUGUUUUGAUGGAUAUCACAGACAAAGAGUAUUUUGCAGAGGAAUCAGUGGCUCAAGAUGUCAUCUCCUACAUUGGAAUGAUCUUGUCUCUUCUACUGCUGCUGGCAGCUUUUAUUGUGUUCUGUAUGUUGCGAGGACUUCAAACAAACAGUAACACUAUUCAUAAGAACUUGGUGGCCUGUGUUUUCAUUGCUGAGUUAAUUUUCCUUCUGGCUUUAAAAAUGAGAAGCACUUUAGUCAAAGAGGAGUUUCCCUGCAAAGUGGUAGCCAUCCUCCUUCACUAUUUCUUUCUGUGUGUUUUUUCUUGGAUGUUUGUUGAGGCCAUUCAUAUCUAUCGAAUGUUGACUGAGAUGAGAGAUAUCAACCAUGGACAGAUGCGGUUUUAUUAUUCUGUUGGAUAUGGUGGACCAGCUAUUGUUGUUGGCCUAGCUGUUGGGGUUCGAGCAGAUCAGUAUGGGAACUAUUUUUUCUGCUGGUUGUCUGUUUAUGAGAAUGUUGUCUGGAGUCUAGUUGGACCUGUGUGUUGCAUUGUUAUAUUGAAUCUUGCUGUGUUUGCUUUAGCCAUUAGAGCCAGUGUCCACAUAAAAGACACAGUUACAGACUUUGGGAACUUACGAACCCUGCUAUGGCUUGGCAUCAUGUUACUUCCAGUGUUGGGUGGUACCUGGGUGCUGGCAUUGUUGUCUGUGAAUGAGUCCUUGGAAGUGCUUCACUAUGUUUUCUCAUUCUUUUGUCUACUUGAAGGAGUUUACAUCUUUGUAGGAUACUGCUUUAUAAAUAGAAAGGUACGUCAACACCUGUAUUGUCGGUCGGCAUUAGCCUAUCACAAUUCAUCUUUUGAUGUCUUGCAUCGGAACGUGGGUAUCUCAACAUCAUCCACUACCAGUCGUUCCACGACUAAAACUUCCAGUAGCCCCUACCGGUCAGAUUCUCACCUACGGAACACGUCCACUUCUACCUCCGGCCACGUAAACUCUAGUACUGAUCUUCAGAGGCGAGCCAUACACAAAGCAGCAUAUAAAAAAUACCGUAACAAGGUUGUUGAUGAUCCUGACACUGGUGAAGUUAGUCGUCGACGUAAUGCUGAUUCAGAUUCAGAUAGUGACCUCUCUUUAGGUCCUGCCUCCUUAGACCUUGCAUCCAGUCAUUCUUCAGAUGAGGAAGACUACGACAAUGCUCACUGGAGUCGGAGAAAGAAGUUAAAUAAGAAACCUGAAGUCCCACCAAAGCCUACCAAUCUAGCAACUCCUGAAACUGAUAGUCCUAGCACACCAGCAGCUCAAGACUAUACUGUUGCCCCCUCUACCACUUUUCCCAGCAUGGGGAUCAACAUUGCUCCUUACCCCAUUUAUUCUGGACAUUGGACCAUUCCCCCUAACAUUGCCAGUAUCACUAGCUCUUCCCCCACCUUCCCUGCAAAUCUACAGCAGCCUGAACCACUAACCUUUCAAAGAAGUGGAAUAAAAGGUUCUGAAUGGAGUAAAGAAACCCCAGGUGAAAGCCAUAAUCAAGAUGUUUCACAGACACCACCACCUAGAAACCUACCAGAUAUAAGUUCAUACUUAGAAUCAAGAUUUUCUCCUCCUUUAAUAGAUGAAACACCAAGUCCAGAACAAUUACCUGUUCCUGAACGAGCAGACAGUUUGCCCAGUAAUGUAAAUAAUAUCAACAACAAUGUUGAAACUAACAAUGAUGGCCUCAGUGAAGCAAGUAGUCGGACGUCUCCUAAAUUACCAUCUUUGGUGAGCAGAAUGGUAAUUCCUCCAUUAACCACCGCAGAACUCUCCUCUGAAUCAGAGGAAAGUAAUGAAACAUCAGUUUGAAGAAUGGAGGAGUUUAUGUCCAAUGGAAUUUUAGUUGUUAAAAUUAAUCGUGGUAAAACCACAAUCCAGAGGUUGAGUUUGAUAAAAGUGAACCAGUUGAUGAGUAGGCUAUUAAUAUAUGGAAACUGUUCAUUAUUGUGAAAGCACAAGAUCUUACAAUGGUUGUGGUUAAAUUGUUUAAAAUAGCCUUGGCUCAUUAUUGUAAGACUGUAAAAUGAUUUAGCUGAUAGGGGCAUGCAUAACUGGUGAAAGAUAUUGUCACCUGAUGUGUUCAUUAUUAUGAACAUGUAAAAGGUAAUUUAACUCAUUACUGAGAGGCUUUCAGGUAUUGCUUCUCCAUCACUGCAUAGUAAAAGAUUCAUCUAUGUGAACUGUAUUUUAUUAUUUUUUUUAAGGUUUAAGGCUCAGUGUGAUUAGUUCAUCAGAGGUUAGUGGAAGAUUAUUUGUUGAAACAUUUUCACAUGUAAAGUGUGUGAAUAUUUUGUCAUUAAUCAUAGAUAAACUUCAAUUCAGUGAUGUACAUUUACAAACCUCAAGUGUGAAAGCUUAUUUCAACUAGAAGUUCUUAAUAAGAAUAAUAAUCAGAAUGUGAAUUAAUUAUGACAUUCCUUAUUGUUUAAAGAGCACAUUAGAAUUAAAUAGACACUUUAGUCAACAUGAUUUAUAAGUUAUUGAAAAAUAUAUAAUGUAAUCAUCUACUUACUAAUAAGAAAUUCUGAUAAUCCAGUAUGUGAGAAAUUGGGUUAAAAUGACUAAAACAUGAAAAUCAAAUGCAAAGAGUGAUGUUUGAUAUAACUUACAGUAUUUUGUGUUCUGUUAAUCUGAAGAACAUUAUAUAUAUAUAUAUAUAUAUAACUUAGUUUAAUGUUAAUAGUUAAACUAUUAUUGUACUUAUAUUUUUAGCUUGAUGCAGUGAUAUAUUUUUUGUUUGUAACAUUCCAUUCAUGUUUGUGUUAAGAUACAAAUUCCAUUCAUUAAUAUGCUGAUUGACUUAGAUUUGUGAAGCUAAUGUUGAGAUCUCACCAAGGUAUCCUUGCCAUCUACCAAGUUUCUGUGAAUGUAAAAGUGUACAUACUCUGAAAGAAUCAACAAGUAGUACUUAGGGGUUUUGUUCCUGAGUGUUUAUUUCAUAUUAUUAGAACUUUGUGGCUUUGUGUGAUGUAUUGUGCUGACUUCUCAGUAGUGUAUAUAUAAAUAUAUUUGAGGCUUAAUUUUGUAUAAAGAAUUGUCCAUUUGCAAACACUUGUACAAAUGAUAUUUUCAGGCCCUACACUGGUAAUGUUUGGCAUACAGUUUUUUGACUCGUACUUAAAAAGCUUACCUUCAGCAACAAGUAAAAUAAAUCUAACUGCUCCUCUCAGUGGCUCUUGCUUGUUUGAUACUAUUACCAGGUGUCAUCAAUCUUUAAAAGCUCUGCUUGUACACAGUAAAAAAAUCAAAAUGUUAACCUGUUAAUUGAUUAUUAAACAAAAAAAGAAAAUGUUGUGACACUAACCAUUUGUCAGUCAUUAAAUAAGGGAGUCUCUGAAUAAGUUGUUUACUAUUCAUUAUUAAAUAGUUGUUAGAUGGGGGAAACAAAAAGGUUAUGGGUUUGACAAUGACCACAGACUAGUUGCUAAACAAAGCAUUAGCUCUUGGUUAAAGUAUAAGAUUGGCUUGACAUUGAUCACUAGAAAAUAGCUACAGAAGAGAGUUAAAUUUGAUUAAGUUAAAUAAUAGGUAAACUAGGGAUUGCCCAAUGCUCACUAUAUUUUGCAUCAUGAUAGUGCAAAGCCCCAUUUGGCAGUAAUACAGGAAACUAAUAAUCAGAAAAAUUAUAUACUAGGCUGGUAACUGUCUAACAAACUGUAUAAAUUUGCUACUUCAAGCUUUCAUAUUAAUUCUACAAACAGUCAUUGCAAGUAAGACUGGAAUGGAAUGAAAAACAAGUACCUUGUGUUAACAUUAUUGCUGGAUGUUUUGUAUUCUGAUUAUACUGAAAAAUCAUUGACUCAGUAUUAUUACCAUAGAAUGGAAUUAUAUGCAGGUGUGAGAACUUUUAAACUGUACAAACUUAUCUAUGGUAAUUAGAGCUACAUGUUCCAAAAUAUUACCGAAGAGUUAUGAACUCUCAUUUUGUGUGAGAUUUUACAUUGUAACACCUAAUUAGGAAGAUCCGUAGCUGGGCGUCAAGAUCAGGAUGUCUUCCUGGAGAUUUCUCUUGUUCAGUAUUUGUAUUUAUGUCCAUCCUGUAAUUACUGCACUAAGUAUAUGGUGUGUGCUAAAGUGGCUCUGAAAUGAUUAAAGAAUUGUUCAACUAGCUUAAA